GCAACAGUAGAGAUGGCAAGUCUGCGCAAAGUCAACCUUUGGACUCCUUCUUCUUCUUCCAUGGCCGCGGAAACGCGGUGCUCCUCAGGACCCAUGCUCAGCCCAAGAACCGAGUGAGACCUCCUCUUAUAAUGCGAAUGAGAUUCCCGGCAAUGUCGACCGUUGCCCCCCGCCGCCGCCGCCGCCGCUGCCUCUCUCUCCCUCCUCUGCCGGCCGUCCCCGCCUCCAGAUGACGUUACCCGCCGCCACGGCCGACGCGGUGGAGUCCGUCCGCCGAUCGCUCGCCCGCCUCAACUCCUCCGAUCGCCACCACCAGUUCGAGAACUCGAAGCGGUUCUGCGCCUUCGCCCAGCGGCUCCAGCUCCUCGUCGACCAGCUCCUCCUCCUACGUUCGCCGCCGUCGCCGGAGGACCUCCCCGCGUCCGCGCAGACCGCCCUCCGGGGGAUCGCCGUCGAUCUGGAGGGCGCAGCCGAGACGGUGUCAGCGUACGUGAGCAAGAGCAAGAUCUUCGUGCUCAUCAACUGCAAGUCGCUUCUAGCAUCGGUUCAGGAGCGGACGGCGGCGAUUGCAGGAUGGCUCGCGUUGCUGGAGUCGGCUAUUCACGAAAAUCCUGAUCUCAGGAAGAAAAUUGCCGAUCUCUCCAGAGACAUGAAGCAGGCUAUAUUCAUAGUGACUGAGAAUGAAGAGAGAGUGCAUCUUAGUCUGCAGAAGGAAGGAGAAGGGAGAAGAGCAAGCAAAGGAGUGCAAAGUGCUAUUGUGAUGGAGCUAGCUAGGGCAUUAGGGAUCGAAUCGCAUAACUACACAGAAUUAUCUGCUCAAGUUAAGCUCCUGAAGAACGACUUAGUUCGCUCAAAUUCGAUGACGGAGAGGCGGAUCCUGAUCUCUCUGGAGAAGAUUCUGGAUAACUGGUCUGUGGAACCCGACAUUCAGACUGGCCACAUGGAUCUCGAUUUUGAGGAAGGCGCCCAAAUCUCGCCUUUCAAGAACUUUCUCUGUCCCUUGACUAAGGAAGUCAUGAAGGAGCCCGUGGUGCUGGAGUCGUCUCAGACGUAUGAGCGGAACGCAAUCGAGUACUGGUUUGACCGGUGCAUAGAGGAUGCCCAGGACCCGACGUGCCCUGUCACAGGUCAAGUGCUCAAGUCCUUAGAGCUCAAACCGAACAUUGGACUGGCCGGGGCAAUUGAGGAGUGGGUUAAUAGGAACAUAGAAAUUCAGGUAAAAUCAGCAGUGCAGUGUCUUAGCGAACAACCUCUUAAGGUAGAUGGAGUUGAGAGAGUACUGGACAGUAUAUAUAAGAUAGCAGAAGAUCAUCCCUCUAGCAGAUACAGAGUGAGGAAUGCCGGUCUGGUUCUUAUCAUCAUAAAGUUGCUUAAGAACUCUUCAAAGAGUAUUGGAACACACUUGAGAAGCAAAACCCUUCUUGCCUUGCUCGGCAUGGCAAAGGAUGAAGAAAGCAAGAAAAUAAUGCUUGAGGAGGGGAUGACUAGAUUGGCAAUACAUAGUCUCACUGGGAGCUCUGAAAAGGAAAGAGAGCAUGCUAUUAAGCUGUUGCUCGAGUUCUCAAAUGAUGAAGCUUAUUGCAGAAAGAUUGCAUUGGAGAAAGGGGCAUUAGUUCUCCUCACUAGCUUGGCAGGAACUCUUGAGCAUCCCACUUUAUCCAAUCUAGCAGAGGAGGUCUUAACACGAAUCGAGACCGUCGAGGAGAACAUCCAAUAUUUAGCAGCAGCUGGAAGAUUUGAACCGCUACUCAGCCGGCUCUGUGAAGGUAGUGAUGAGGUCAGAAUAAGGAUGGCUUCCAUGUUGGGAAGCAUGGCCAUGACAAGUAACUGCAAAUUGCUUGUUGCCAGGCAAAGUGCCAAAAUACUUGUCCAAAUGUUGGCAAAGGAAGAAGGAAAGGCGCCUAGCUUGCUGGCAUUGCAUAACCUAUCGGGUGUCGAAGAUAAUGCUAUCAUACUCGUUAAUUCUUCCAUGCUCCCAUCUCUUACAUACAUCCUCUUUGAGGAUCAGGAUGCCUCACCGGAACUGAAGGAAUUAGCAGCCUCGACAAUGGCUAACGUAGUCUUGAAUCCUGGGCACUGGGAAUUAGCAGUUGGUGACAAGGAACCAAUUAUUGCGAAACUUUUGGGGCUCUUAUCUUCUGCAUCUUCUAAAUGCCAAGCUUCCGCACUUCGCAUUUUGUAUGGUAUGGCAUCGUCUCCACAAGCAUCAGAGGCUGUAGCUUCUAACAUAAAGGAUGGGCAGGGACUCGAAAAGACCAUAUCAUUUCUUGAUCAUGCAGAAGUCGAACACAGACUUAAUGCUUGCAAACUUACUAGACUGCUCUCUGAACGAUUUCGUGAAGAUGUAGCGAGUCAUCUGAGAUCGUCCGACAAGAUUCCUCUGCUUAAAGAGAAAAUUUUAGAUACCCAAACAAUUGAAAGUGAAAGGUCUGAUACAGCAUGCAUUCUUGCUAAUCUUCCGCUAUCUGAACAUGAAGUGACAACACUCCUUGGAGCUACUUUUUUGAGAUGGACAGUUGCUACGAUAAAGGAUUAUCAUCUGAAGUCCAGGGGGAGAAUUUUCAAAUCUUCGCCAAGCAUGGUUGAAGGAAUUCUUGGCCUCUUACUUCAAUUUACAAGAUCCACCGACCCAGAGAUUCUUUCUGUGAUUAGAGAGUUGCACCUGAUGAACGUAUUCUGUGAUCAACUUAACUUCCCUUCAAAACCCAGAAUGAAGCAACUCGCUGCGCUUGGAUUGAAGAAUCUGUCGGAAACUGGAAAGGCGGUUGCCGCUGGAGAUUUAGAACCAUCACCACCUCAGGGUUUGUGCUCUUACUUGGUAUUCAUGUGUGGCCGAGGUCCACCAGAACCUGCUCGAUGCCCCAUACACCACUCUUUGUGCGAAGAGCAUACUCAUUUGUGUUUGCUACAGUGCAACUGUAUCAAGCCUCUAGUUGAUCUCCUUAAGGAUGAGGACACUGAUGUCCAAGUCGCUGCAGUGGAGGCACUUUCCACUCUCAUUUUAGGAAGUUCCGGGAGUUUGAAGAGAGCUGUCGAGGAGCUUGAGAGGCAAGACGCCGUUGAUGCUUUAAUUAACCUUUUCUCUGAAGUUCAAGCUGGUGAACUUCAGGAGAGGACAGCUUGGAUGAUAGAAAAAAUAAUUAGAGUGGAAAGCCAAUCCUCGCGCCACUCGCUCAAUCAGAAUCUAGUUAGGGCCUUGAUAGAAGCCUUGAGGCAUGGCAAUGCUAACACAAAGAGGCAUGCUCAAGAUGCUCUGACCAAUCUAAGACAGAUAUCAGGAGUUAGUGGAAAUUCCUCGAGUCAGAUUCAGUCAAGAAGGUAGUUUUUUUAGUGACGGAGAUUGUAUUUAGAUGCUAUGCGUUUCUAUUUUUGUAAUCUAGAAAUAUGUUCUUGUUGUAUAGUAGAUAUUGCCAAAAUUUGACAUUCAAUUCUACAGUUGAUUAAUGAACGCUGCAAUGCUGAAGGAAAUGGAAAUGUACCAACAGCAAGAUAUUCUAAUACAGGAAAUGAUUGUACA